GUGGCGAGCAACGACCGCGGCCCCACCGGCGACAGAUCCCUCACAUCCCGCACGGAGGGGCCCACCGACAAGUCCUACAUCACGUUCAUCAGCAACACCAACGGUGCCUAUGGGAAUGUGGGCCUCACGGAGGACACGGAGGGCACUGCGUCGGGCCCAAUCCUCACCUGGACUCUGGCGAAGCCGGACUUCACUUGUGGACUGGACCGGUUCCGGUACACAAUCGCCGACGGCACCGCCAACGCGAACAAGUUCUCGUCGGCCUAUGUAUACGUGACGUUCCUCGCCGACCCCGACACGGGUGAGGGGUGA